GCGGAAUAAAGAAAUGGUACUUAUUUGUUUUUUAUCGAAUAUCUCGGAAACCGGACCUGAUAUUUUAGUUUUCAAAACGCCCUUAGAUUGGACUUCGAAAUAUGCAACUUUUUCCCCAUUUAACCAACUUUGUGUUACCAACGGUUUACGAGAUAGCAAUACAUUUCAAUGAAAAAGUGGCCACCCUGUAUAUUGAUAAGGGAAAUUCCCAGAUAACGAAAUUUAAAAUUAAAAUGUCAAAAUUGAAGUUAGCAAAGCUGGACGAUUUAGAGUCUAGAAAGAUAUUGUAAAAUUAUCAAGGAUGUUGUUUUUUUGAUUUCUAAGAUGAUAGAUUGUCAUUAGAAAAUUUAUAGAUAAGUCAAAUGGGAAAUUAAUAAGAAUAUGCAAUUGUAUUAAAGAUAUAAGCUGAAUGUUAUAUUUCAAAGUUGAAAUAAAGAAAACAUGAAAAAAGAAAGGUAAAGAAAAUUUUAUUUAUAAACUCCUAAAGCACAGAAAAGUAAAUUGGAAAUAGAGACAAUCAGAGAUAGCCAAAGACAGGGAAAGGCGGAUAAGCAAAUUUAUAUAGACAAGUUAAAGUUUGGUUAAAAGUGUUAGAAAAAUUUUUUUUGAAAGUGUAAAAAGUAUAUGGAUUUGCGAGGAGGAAAGAAGCUUGGAACAAUGGAAGACAAUGCAGGAAACGAGGAAGAGAAUUUACAACAAGUAGGACAAGGAGAUUUAGAUAAUACAGGCAUGAAAAAAAAAAGAAUCAGGGCAGCAACAAAAGGAAGAUGGAGGUAAGAAGGAAGAUGAGAGAGUUUUAAGGAGCAUGUUUGCGGCAAUAAUAAUGGAAAUGAAGAAAAACAGUGAAACAAUGUGUAUGGAAAUGAAGAAAAACAAUGAAACAAUGUCUAUGGAGCUAAAGAAAAACACUAUGGAAAUUAAGAAAAACAAUGAAAUAAUGUUUAUGGAAAUAAAGAAAAACACUGUGGAAAUGAAGAAAGACAAUGAAACAAUGUUUAUGAAAAUAUUUAAUAAAUUGGAUAAUAUGAAAGAAAACAGGAAACAAGAUAAAGAAGAACUAAUGAAGAAAUUUGAAGAAUUAGAAGUGAAAACAGAUAUAAAAAUUGAAGAAAUGAAGAAAAAUGUAAGAAUAGAAGUGAUAGGAACAAUUGAUGAAGUAGAAAAUGAACAAAAUAAGAAAUUUAAAAUAGCACAAGAAAAAAUAUCUACCGAUAUAGAAAAGAUAAUAUCGGAGGCAGAGGAUCAGGGAAAAAGGAUAUCAAAUCUAGAAUAUAUAGAAAAUAAAUCUUCUCAAGAGAAGAAGGAUCAAGAAAUGAAAUUAAAACGAAAAAUAAAUGUCAUUAAACAAAGUGUUGAUAUUGUUAAAAGUAAACUCAAAAUUGAAAAAUCACAAAAAAGGUUGAGAAAGAAAAUAAAGCAAAUUAGGAAACAAAAUAAAGGAGAAAAUAAAAGGCAAGAUAAUAAGAAUAAAUGGAAAAGAAUUCAGAAAGAAAGCAAGAAAUAAGAUAGAGAAAAACAGGAAACAAAACGGUGGAAGAAAAAAGAAAUAUAAAAGUCUAAAAAUUAAAGUUAAUUUAAAAAAAAAAUUGAAGAUAUAAAACAAACGAAAACGAAAAUAAAAUGUAGGAAAGAAUUGGGGAAGAUAAUGAAGAUUAACAGAAAAAGAAAGAGUGAGGACGAAGGUGAAAGGAAAGUAGUAAAAUUUAGUUGGGGGACGAAAGGGAAAUUUAAAAUCAUCUGUGAAUUUGAAAAUUGAAUAGGUAGAAUUAAUAAAAUAGAGAUAGAUAGAUCAAUGGAUUUAGUAAUUGUUAGAGCACUAAGAAUAUCUAAUAAUAAAAAAAGGAUAUGUGUCAGACUGGUGUUUCCGUUUGAAGGGCCAUUUGUAGUGGACAACGAGAAAGGGAAUUUGUAAAUUUGGGGGAACAUAUAAAUCAGGAAAUGGGAGAAUCGGAGUUAGUUUAUUUAAAGGGAAAAAUGGGGGAUAAAAAUACAAAUCUUUUAGUAGAUACAGGUUCUAAAGCGUCAAUUAUAAAUGAAAAAUUAAUAGAAAGGGGAAAAUAGUUAUAUAUUAAAAUAUAUGAACAAUAAAGGAAUAAGAGAAAUUUUUCAUAUACAAGAUUUAUAUAGAUAUGUGUGUUAAAUGUUUUCUAUGUUGUUAGUGUUGAUACGUUUGAGUGUUGUAUUGUGUUAGUUGUAUGUAUAGUUACAAUAGUAAUAGUAUAAAUUCGAAGGUUUUAAAAAUAGAAAAAUCAACAAUUUAAAUUGAUAAAAGGUUUAAAAAUUUAAAAUUAAUAUAUUUGAGAUUGGGUAUUUAUUGGUUAUUUGGAUAAUUUAAAGAUAAUUAUUUGGAAAUUUUGUGUUUAAUAUUAUAUUUAAAAGUAGUAAUACGUAAACACUAAAUUUGGGGGAUUUGAUAAGGGAAAUUCCCAGAUAACGAAAUUUAAAAUUAAAAUGUCAAAAUUAAAGUUAGCAAAGCUGGACGAUUUAGAGUCUAGAAAAAUAUUAUUGUAAAAUUAUCAAGGA